AUGCGGCCCCUGUGGCUCUGCUGGGCCCUCUGGGCGCUGCCCCUGGCCGGCCCCGGCGUGGCCCUGACCCAGGAGCAGAUCCUGGGCAGCCUCCUGCAGCAGCUGCAGCUCAGUGACGUGCCCAUGCUGGACAAGGCCGAGGUGGAGAAGCUGGUCAUCCCUGCCCACGUGAGGGCCCAGUACGUGGCCCUGCUGCAGCACAGCCACGGGGCCCACUCCCGCGGGAAGAGGUUCAGCCAGAAAUUCCGAGAGGUGGCCGGCAGGUUCCUGGCGUCCGAGGCCUCCACGCACCUGCUGCUCUUCGGCAUGGAGCAGCGGCUGCCGCCCCACACUGAGCUGGUGCAGGCCGUGCUGCGGCUCUUCCAGGAGCCGGUCCCGAAGGCCGCGCUCCGCAGGCACGAGCGGCUCUUCCCGCGCAGCUCCCGGGCCCGGGUCACCGUCGAGUGGCUGCGCGUCCGCGACGACGGCUCCAACCGCACCUCGCUGGUGGACUCCAGGCUGGUGUCCAUCCACGAGAGUGGCUGGAAGGCCUUCGACGUGACCGAGGCGGUGAACUUCUGGCAGCAGCUGGGCCGCCCCACGCAGCCGCUGCUGCUGCAGGUCUCGGUGCAGAGGGAGCAGCUGGGCCCGCCGGCCUCCAGCGCCCACCGGCUGGUGCGCUUCGCCUCCCAGGCGGCGUCGGGCGGGCAGCGGGAGCCUCAGCUGGAGCUGCACACCCUGGCCCUGAAGGACUACGGAGCCCAGGGCGAUUGUGACCGUGAGGUGCCCGAGAUCGAGGGCACCCGCUGCUGCCGCCAGGAGAUGUACAUCGACCUGCAGGGCAUGAAGUGGGCCCAGAACUGGGUCCUGGAGCCCCCGGGCUUCCUGGCCUAUGAGUGUGUGGGCACCUGCCAGCAGCCCCAGGAGUCCCUGCCCUUCAAGUGGCCGUUUCUGGGGCCGCGGCAGUGCAUCGCCUCGGAGACGGCCUCGCUGCCCUUGAUUGUCACCACCAAGGAGGGAGACAGAACCAGGCCCCAGGUGGUGAGCCUGCCCAACAUGCGGGUGCAGAAGUGCAUCUGUGCCUCAGACGGGGCUCCUGUGCCGAGGAGGCUGGAGCCGUAGGCGCCCAGAGUAGCCGCCAAGGCCUCUGACUUGACACCUGCACAGAAGCAGGUCUUAAUGUAGGUCUUACUUUUAUGUUUAGCAAGUUACCUCCUCCCCCAAUUUAGUGCCCCUGUUUUACCUUUGCCCUGUUUUCUUCCAUUUCCUGUACUUGCUGUUCAUUACCCAUCCUAAGCACUUAAAUGAGUGAAUACUGCAACUCAGGAUUGCUGAGUUCCAGUAAGAAAUCCUGGUCUACUACUAGAUGAUAUCGCUGAGCAACAGAUAGAUUGUCAGCAGGGGGUUUCUCUCUGGCAAGUUCUCAACUGAGUAUUCAACAAAUCCCUAUGAUGAAAACUGGGGAUAUACAACUGAUUUACUCCAUUACACGAUGAAUUGCGUUGAGGACUAUGUCUAUGAAAGAACCCCUCCCCACCCCCACCAAAUAUUGACCCAUUCUGUAUUUUUGUAAACAUACCUAGGUCCUAGUUCCCUCUUGUCCUGAGAGAGUGCUAGGAAGGAGGAUAAGGGUUUCAGGCCUGGGGCAGAGGACAGGAAAUCUAGAAACCUGGAUUCUGGAUCUGAUGGGGCCACUAGGUGUGAUUUUGAGCAUGCGCAGAAGCUGUUGGGCCACCAUUUCCUCUUCGGAAGGAGUUGGACUUCAACUCCAAGAUUCAUUGCCCCAGUAUCAGACAGCCCCUCCCCUUACCUGCUCCUCCUAGGACUGAGCACUGCCUGUGCAUAUUUAGGUUAUUUCCCCACUGUUUUAAGAGAACUUAGCACCACAAACCACUUGUACUUAUGUUGUUUUAUUUAGCAGAAACUGCAAUUUUAUGUAGAUAAUCUACCAAAUAAAAUAAAAGUGAUGUUUCACUCUGUCUCUGUUUCCAGACCAUUUACAUAGGAGAAAUGGGAGCAAUAAUGCAGGAUGAGAUCAAACUAAUGAUUUGAAGAAAGGGGUUGACUAAGGACCCCCUUCUAGGGGGCACAGAAGACUGCAAUAACUAAGUUUGGAUUAAGCUUUCAUUAGUCACAAAGAGGGUGCAUUUAUUACAACCAUUAAGACAAUUAGGACCAUGUAUCUAAAAGACACAGGUAAAAAAUACAGUUGCUUGACCUG